AUGGGCUCAGCAUUUACUUUAACACUAGCUAAUAUUUUAAUGUGGAAAUGGCAGAAACAACUUGUUCACCGACUGGAAGUAUCCAAUGAAAUCUACGGCCGGUAUUUAACAUGGUUCAUAGAAGAAUAUACCUUGCAUAUAAUGUCUCAUUUUAGAUAUGUUGAUGAUAUUUUCUUUACGUCGAACGACUCACUAGAAUGUAUCGACCAAAUGUUAGAUGAAGCUAAUAACUUUCAUCCUAACAUUAAACUAGGGCGGCAAAUUGGUAGAAGUGUUCCAUUUCUUGAUGUACUCAUUGAGAACAGAAAGGGUACUUUAACAACUUCAGUGUAUCAUAAAGAAGCAGCUGAGCCGUAUGUCGUACCAUUUGGAUCAGAUCACCCUGGUCAUGUUUUCCGAAACACUGUUGAUACUGCUAUCACGAGAGCAGUUCGUUAUUCAACAACCUUAUUUGAAUUUGAAGAAGAAAUACGACAAAUGAAACGCAUGUUUCUCUAUAACGGGUACUCGCCAAGACAUAUCUAUCGGCGCUCACUACAUUAUUCAGUAAAUAUUUAUUGA